AUGCCCGUCGACGGCGACAGCAGCGCGCCGCUGCACCGCAGCUCCGGCUCCAAGCUCUGCGCCUCCGCCUGCGACAGCAGCCGCAGGUCCCUCACGCCAUUGGCCAGGCCGGCUGCCAUGACCGCCCGCAGCUGCUCCAGCUGGCUGCCGGCCGCGGUGACGAGCGGCGGCAUCGGCAGCUGCCUGGCCAAGCGGCUGGCCGCGAAGCCGGGCGCGACGGUUGUUCUGGCGGGCCGCGACCAGGGCAAGCUGGACGCGCUGGCCGCGUCGCUGGGCGGCGGCGGCAUCCCCCUGGUGGCAGACCCGUUGGAUGCUAAGCAGGCCGACGCCCUGUUUGCAAAAGUGGUGUCUGACCACGGCCGCGUCGACGGCGUCGCAAACUGCGUCGGCUCCAUCGUCCUCAAGUCGGCCCACACCACCAGCGACGCCGACUUCGAGCAGACGCUCCGCACAAACCUGUUCAGCUGCUUCAACGUCCUCCGGCCGUCGGUCAAGGCGAUGAUGCGGCAGCCCACCGGCGGCUCGAUUGCGUUCUGCUCCUCUGCGGUGGCGCGCCACGGCAUCCCCAAUCACGAGGCCAUCGCCGCCGCCAAGGCGGGCGUGCAGGGCUUGAUGCUGUCUGCAGCGGCGACGUACGCGCCAAAGGGCGUGCGCGUCAACUGCGUGGCGCCGGGCCUGACGCGCACGCCCCUGGCUGACCGCAUCAUCUCCAACCCAGCGGCCCUGAAGGCUUCGGAGGGGAUGCACGCGCUGAAGCGCGUGGGGGAGGCGGAUGAGGUGGCGGCGGCCCUCGAGUUCCUUCUUAACCCAAGCAACAGCUUUGUGACUGGCCAGGUCUUGGGCGUCGAUGGCGGUCUUGGAAGCUUGAAGGCGCAGUAG